GCCCCUCGCGGCGGGAUGGACUCCAGCGCGCCUGCUCCAAGCCCCUCCGGCCCGCAGACUCCGCCACCACCACAGCCCCAGGCCCGCUCCCGGCUCAACGCCACGGCCUCAGUGGAGCAGAAGAGCGAGGUGCCCCGAGCUCCCAGCUCCCAGGCUGGACCUGGACUACCCGUGGGAGGUGCAGCUGCCCCAGCCGGGCCUCGGGCCCAGCGUGCCAGGAGCCGGGAAAGAGUGGCUGGAACAGGGCCCACGAGAGGAGACGUGGAAACCCCCUUUGAAGAUGUGCUGGAGAAGGCCAAGGCCGGGGACCCCAAGGCGCAGACAGAGGUGGGGCGGCACUACCUGCAGCUGGCGGCCGCCGGGGACGAGGAACUCAACAACUGCACCGCGGUGGACUGGCUGGUCCUGGCCGCCAAGCAGGGCCGGCGCGAGGCCGUCAAGCUUCUUCGCCGCUGCCUGGCAGACAGAAAAGGCAUUACCUCUGAGAACGAGCCGGAGGUGAAGCAGCUCUCCUCCGAGACCGACCUGGAGCGCGCCGUGCGCAAGGCGGCUCUGGUCAUGUACUGGAAGCUCAACCCCAAGAAGAAGCAGCAGGUGGCCGUGUCAGAGCUGCUGGAGAACGUGGGGCAGGUCAACGAGCACAAUGGAGGGGCACAGCCAGGCCCUGUCCCCAAGUCCCUGCAGAAGCAGAGGCGGGUGCUGGAGCGCUUGGUCAGCAGUGAGUCCAAGAGCUACAUCGCCCUGGACGACUUCGUGGAGCUCACCAAGAAGUACGCCAAGGGCAUCGUCCCCACCAACCUGUUCCUGCAGGACGACGAGGACGACGAGCUCGCUGGGAAGAGCCCCGAGGACCUGCCGCUGCGCCUGAAGGUGGCCAAGUACCCGCUGCACGCCAUCAUGGAGAUCAAGGAGUACCUGAUCGAUGUGGCCUCCCGCGCGGGCAUGCACUGGCUGUCCACCAUCGUGCCCACCCACCACAUCAAUGCCCUGGUCUUCUUCUUCAUCAUCAGCAACCUGACCAUCGACUUCUUUGCCUUCUUCGUGCCCCUGGUCGUGUUCUACCUGGCCUUCACCUCCAUGGUCAUCUGCACCCUCAAGGUCUUCCAGGACAGCAAGGCCUGGGAGAGCUUCCGCGCCCUCACCGGGCUGCUGCUGCGCUUUGAGCCCAACCUGGACGUGGAGCAAGCCGAGGUGAACUUCGGCUGGAACCACCUGGAGCCCUACGUCCACUUCCUGCUGUCCGUCUUCUUCGUCAUCUUCUCCUUCCCCGUGGCCAGCAAGGACUGCGUGCCCUGCUCGGAGCUGGCCGUCGUGUCCAUCUUCUUCACCAUCACCAGCUACAUGAGCCUGAGCACCUGCGCCGAGCCCUACACGCGGAGGGCGCUGGUGACCGAGGUGGCCGCCGGUCUGCUGUCCCUGCUGCCCACCCUGCCCUUCGACUGGCCCUACCUGAAGUUCCUGGGCCAGACCUUCUUUACCAUGCCCGUCGGCCACUUCGUGGUCCUGAACGUCAGCGUGCCCUGCCUGCUCUACGUCUACCUGCUCUACCUCUUCUUCCGCAUGGCCCAGCUGAGGAGUUUCAAGGGCUCCUACUGCUACCUGGUCCCCUACCUGGUCUGCUUCAUGUGGUGCGAGCUGUCAGUGGUCCUCCUGCUCGAGUCCACCGGCCUGGGGCUGGUCCGUGCCUCCAUCGGCUACUUCCUCUUCCUCUUCGCGCUCCCUGUCCUGGUGGCCGGCCUGGCGCUGGUGGGCCUGGUGCAGUUCGCCGGCUGGUUCGCGUCGCUGGAGCUCACCAAGAUCGCCGUCACCCUGGCGGUCUGCAGCGUGCCCCUGCUCUUCCGCUGGUGGACCAAGGCCAACUUCUCCCUGGUGGGGAUGGUCAAGUCCCUGUCGCGCAGCUCCCUGGUCAAGCUCAUCCUGGUGUGGAUCACGGCCAUCGUGCUGUUCUGCUGGUUCUACGUGUACCGGUCGGAGGGCAUGAAGGUCUACAACUCCACGCUGACCUGGCCGCAGUACAGCUUUCUGUGCGGCCCGCGGGCCUGGAAGGAGACCAACAUGGCGCGCACACAGAUCCUGUGCAGCCACCUGGAGGGCCACCGUGUCACGUGGACAGGCCGCUUCAAGUACGUGCGGGUGACGGAGAUCGACAACAGCGCCGAGUCAGCCAUCAACAUGCUGCCGCUCUUCAUCGGCGACUGGAUGCGCUGCCUGUACGGCGAGGCCUACCCGGCCUGCAGCCCCGGCCAGGCCUCCACGGCCGAGGAGGAGCUCUGCCGCCUCAAGCAGCUGGCCAAGCACCCCUGCCACAUCAAGAAGUUUGACCGCUACAAGUUCGAGAUCACGGUGGGCAUGCCCUUCAGCGGCGCCAACGGCAGCCGCGGCCCCGAGGACGACGAUGUCACCAAGGACAUCGUGCUGCGGGCCAGCAGCGAGUUCCGGGACGUGCUGCUGCACCUGCGCCAGGGCAGCCUGGUCGAGUUCAGCACCGUCCUCGAGGGCCGCCUGGGCAGCAAGUGGCCCGUCUUCGAGCUCAAGGCCAUCAGCUGCCUCAACUGCAUGGCGCAGCUCUCGCCCGCCCGGCGGCACGUGAAGAUCGAGCGCGACUGGCGCAGCGCCGUGCAGGGUGCCCUCCGCUUCGCCUUCGACUUCUUCUUCUUCCCCUUCCUGUCGGCCGCGUGAGCGCGCGCUGGCUGCAGAGGCGGCGCCGGUGGGUGUCUCUGCCGGCCGUCCACGCGGCCAGUGGGCGCGCCGCUGCGCUGUGUGUGUGUGAGCGCAUGCGUGUGCCGCGGCCACG